AUGAUAAUGAGCAAGACGUUGAAGCUUCGCGCAUUUACGUGUGCACCAUUAAUAUUCUUGUUCGUUUUUAUAUGUAUAUACUUGGAUUUUGGUAGUAGUCAAAAGUUAUACGAUUCGUUAUGGGAGCCUAAAGAUUCGAAUUGGCAGGUCGUUGACGAAGGAUCCUCAGGAUUAUUGGCAAAUAUGAUUUCUAAAUACGAGAACGAGCAAGUAAUUCGUUUUUACCAUGAAAAUCCUGAUGAAACCAACGACGUCCUAUUGUACGCAAAAGACAGGAACCUUGAUAUUUGGGAUACAAGUUCCCGCUAUACAGAUAUUCGGCUCCAUCGAGAAAUUGUGAAGGAUAUGAUUUCGAAGAUCCCUAACCAUAGAGUCUUGAUAUCAAAUGUUUCUAGGGCACUUACCAACAGUAUGCCUAACGGACGAGAAAUGAAGAGCCUACCUCCUUUAAAUUUCAAUGCUCUCUCAUCCAUGCCCCAAGAAGCAUUUUCAGAAUUAUACCUGCAAUAUACCGAAGAAUUUUAUAAGAAUUACCAGAAUAUCGAAGCUAUAAAUUCUUACCUUCGACUGCUAUCGUCUAUGUACAGUGAUUUAUGUGAACUAACUUCAUUGGGGACCACCUCUGAAGGGCGAUCUAUACUCGGUUUAAGAAUUCAUGGUAGAAGGUCGGAUACGCAUGGACAAUACCAUGUUAAAGACGAAAACGAGGUUAUUAUUCUACAGGGUAAUGCUCAUGCUCGUGAGUGGAUAUCUAUUCCAACGUUAUGUUACUCUGCAUGGAAAUUAGUAGCCCAAUACGAUUCGGACAACCGUGUGAGAAAUUUGCUUGAUAAAUUUGAAUGGAUUUUUGUACCUGUUUUAAAUGUGGAUGGUUAUGCUUAUACUAGGUCAGAAGAUCGUUUUUGGGUGAAAAAUAGGCAAAGCAUAAAAACUUCGAACUGCAAAGGAAUCAACAUUGACAAUAAUUGGGGGUUUGGUUUCACCGGGGAAGGAAAUCCUUGUGACGAGUUAUUUGGAGGUCUUGCACCUUUUGAGGCUAAUGAAACAUAUGCCAUGUUCAAUUUGAUUUCAAACACAUUACCGAAGGAGGGGAAAACUACAGUUGGAUUUCUAGACGUACAUUCGUAUUCUCAAUCGGUUUUAUGGCCUUAUGCGUAUACCUGUGAUUUAUUGCCUGCAGAUGAUGAGAAUUUUCAAGAACUAGCAAUGGGUUUAACGAAAGAACUUCAUCGGGUAAACGGUAGAUUCUACUCUCAUCAGCAAGCAUGUAUACCAUUUGAUGGUAUUCAUAAGCACUACCAUCCAGGUGCUGCAAUUGACUUUGCCUACUUCGUUGGUGAAGUUCGCUGGCCAUUUACAAUACGUCUUCGCGAUAUGGGUGAUUAUGGAUACUUGCUACCAGCCCAUCAAAUUAUACCUACGUCUCGUGAAUUUUAUGCCAUGCUUCUCUAUUAUGGUCAGUUUAUAUCAGAAGCUGCAUACUAA